CCCGGGCGGUGAGUCGGGCCCGGCGGUGCCGGUGUCCGUGCGGUGAGGGCUGAAUGAAGGGUCCGUACAGUUGAAUCUCUGGAUACCCCAUCAAGCGUCCCGGUUUGCCGGGCUCUGUGAGCCCCAGUGCCCGCUGAGGGGCCGGGCUUGGCGGGAUCCGUGCCUCUGCCCGGUGAGCAGCACGGUCGGUGCCCGGUAAGGGGCUGAGCUGUGCCAAGCCCCAGCGCUCGCUGAGGGCCCGGUCUGGGGGGGCUCUGGUCGGUCUCAGUGCCUGAUGAGGAGCGCGGUGUGCGGGUCUCCAACGGGCCCUGCUGGGGGAUCCAGGAGGCUGUGCCCCAGAACCGAGUCAGGGGUCCCGGUUCUGCUGGGCUGUGUGAGCCCCGCUGUCCGCUGAGAGUGCCAGUCUGGGGGUUCUGACCCGGCCCAGCCCCGGUUCUGCUGGGCUGUGUGAGCCCCGCUGUCCGGGGCGGGUCCUGGUCUGGGGGUUCUGACCCGGCCCAGUCCCGGUUCUGCUGGGCUGUGUGAGCCCCGCUGUCCGCUGAGAGUGCCAGUCUGGGGGUUCUGACCCGGCCCAGUCCCGGUUCUGCUGGGCUGUGUGAGCCCCGCUGUCCGCUGAGAGUGCCAGUCUGGGGGUUCUGACCCGGCCCAGCCCCGGUUCUGCUGGGCUGUGGGAGCCCCGCUGUCCAGUGCAGGUCCUGGUCUGGGGGUUCUGACCCAGCCCAGUGCCCGCUGAGGAGCCCCAGGAGGGGUCCGGAUCUGCUGGGCUGUGUGAGCUCCAGUGCCCGCUGAGGUUUCGGGGCGCUUGAGCCGGUCUGGGCGGCUCUGCCGAGCCCUCGAGCCCUGCCCGCCCAUCCCGGCUGUGCCAGCUCCCCCUGCCAUGCCGGCCCCGGGCCCCGCGGGGUCCCGCCGCCCGCUGCUGGCGCUGCUGGUGGCGCUGGGCUGGCUGCUGGCGCUGCAGCUGCUGCUGGACCUGCGGGCGCUGGCGCUGCUGUGCGGGGCGCUGGCCGUGCUGGGGGGCUGGCUGGGCCCCCCGGCCCUGCGCCCCCGCGGCCGCCGCCUGCGGCUGGAGCGCUUCGUCAGCUCCCUGCGCGCCCCGGCCGGCAGCGCUGCGGACGAGGCCCGGCUGGAGAAGGAGAUCGCCAGCACCGUCCGCAAAGUGGUGCGGGAUUUCGUGGCCUCCUGGUACCGCACGGUGAGCAGAGAGCCGGCGUUCGAGGCCGAGGUGGAGCGGGCCAUGCUGGGGCUGGCGGCCGAGCUGAGGCGGCGGAUGAGGCGCGUGGACCGGCGGGCGCUGGCCCGCCGCCUGCUGCUGCUCUGCGGGCAGCACCUGCAGAGCUUCCUGCGGGCACGGGACGCCCUGAGCGCUGAGCCCCAGGGCGGCCGGACGCUGUGGAGGGAGUACAGCCGGCUGGCAGGGCCGCACCCCGCUCUCCUGAGCCCCGCCGCCGAGGUGGGCUGUGCCCGGGCCGCUGUGGACACGCUGCUGCGGGCGCUGGUGCCGUGGCCGCACCUGGAAACGCGUACGGGACGUUUUGUUGUGGUGGAGCUGGUGGCCUGUAACGUGCUGCUGCCGGCCAUCAGGAAGAUGUCUGAUCCCGACUGGAUCAACCUGCUGCUCAUUGGGGCGUUUUCCAAGAAGCCCCGGGGUGGGAAGCCAUACCCUGCACCCGCAGUGCCGGAUUCUUUGCCUUUCCCAGUGCAGAUGGACGCAGCUCCCACCAGGCUGCCCCCAUCCCCGAGGGCUGCAGAGGGGCUCAGGAGAGAGGCAGGGGCUGCUGGAGAGGACGGAGAGGAGGUGAGCAGGUCAUGCCAUGCAGAGGAACCCUUCCUGCGCCCCCAAGCCCUGGGAUCCCUCUUCCCCUGUGAGGGUUUGGAGCUGGAAUCCCCCAUGCCUGACGUGGGCCAGGAUGUGGAGCUGCUGGCUCCUUCCCCUGCUGGAGAGCUCCUUGAUGAGCCCCCCCAGGACUCCUCUGUGCCAGAGGGAGCACCUGCCUUGGAGGAUGGCACAGGGGACCUGGACCAAGGCCCUGGCCCCAGCUCGGAUGCUGGGCUGCUUCCCACCUCUGCUUUGAGCUCCUGCCCUGACAUCCAGAUCGAGCCAGCAGCUGAGAAGGAGGAGGAAAGCCCAGCUGUCCCCAGGAGAUUCUCCUCACCAAGACCCUCCAGCCUGGGGAGAGAUCUGGGGCCAGCAGAGGGCUCAGCACAGUUUCCCCCGGAGCCUGGGCAGAGCCUGCCCCUGCUCUCAUCCUCCCCCACAGCUUCCAUGAGCACAUUCAGCUUCGAGCCCCUGAGCAGCCCCGAGGGGCCGGUGGUGAUCCAGAACCUGCGGAUAACCGGCACCAUCACUGCCCGGGAGCACAGCGGCACCGGCUUCCACCCCUACACCCUCUACACCGUCAAGUAUGAGACAGCCCUGGAGAGCGAGGCGGCGGGCAGCCUGCAGCAGGUGGCCUAUCACACCGUCAACCGCCGCUACCGCGAGUUCCUCAACCUGCAGACCCGGCUGGAGGAGAAGCCCGAGCUCCGCAAGUUCCUCAAAAACAUCAAAGGUCCAAAGAAACUGUUCCCUGAUCUGCCAUUUGGAAACAUGGACAGUGAUAAAGUGGAAGCCAGGAAAAGUCUGCUGGAAUCUUUCCUGAAGCAAUUGUGUGCAGUGCCUGAGAUUGCAAACAGUGAGGAGGUGCAGGAAUUCCUGGCCCUCAACACCGAUGCCAGGAUCGCCUUUGUCAAGAAGCCCUUCGUUGUCUCCAGGAUAGACAAGAUCGUUGUCAAUGCCAUUGUGGACACCUUGAAGACAGCAUUCCCCAGGUCAGAGCCCCAGAGCCCCACAGAGGAGCUGAGUGAGUCAGAAGUGGAUGGGAAAUCCCAGACAGACGGGAAGAAAGCCACCAAGUCCAGGCUGAGGUUCUCAUCCAGUAAAAUCACUCCAGUGCUGAGUGUGAGUGAAGCUCAUGACAGGAUCGUGUACUCCAUCAGGGAGGGCAGUGCUGUGUCUGGCACCCUGUCCCUGGCUGCUAUGGAAUCCUUCAUCCAGAAGCAGGAGAAGCUGCUGGAAGCAGUCCCCAGCAAAGCUCCUGAAGGCCAGGGAGGCAGAGAAGCCAAGGACAUCUCUGUGCAGGAAGAAAUGGAUGGGCUGAGCACACUGGAGCAGGGAGCACAUCCAGACACUGACUCUGACUCCGAGACAGCUUUGGCUGACCUGGCCCUGGACGUGCUUCGUCUGGUGCUGGUGGAUCACUGGAGCUGGCUGUGCACAGAGAACAUCCAGAAAGUCUUUAACCUGCUCUUUGGGACCCUUGUUCAAAGGUGGCUGGAAGUGCAGAUGGUCACCCUGACCUGCACCCAGCGCUGGGUCCAGUACCUCCAGUUGCUGCAGGAAUCCAUCUGGCCUGGAGGAGUUUUACCAGCAGUGCCUAAACCCCCCAGGACUGAGGAGCAGAAGAAGGCAACAGCAGAGCAGGCCCUGCAGAGCCUGAUGGGGAUCCUGCCCAAUAUGAUCCAAGAAAUCCUUGGGAGCAGUAAGUGUCAGAUGAGCUGGAACCUGGUGCUGGAGUCACUGAGCCAGCCUGUGAUAAACAGGCACCUGGUGUUCUGCCUCCUGGACAUUCUGCUGGAGUUCCUGGUUCUGAAGGGCUCUAACAAGGAGCCUGAGGCUGCAGCUGCCACACCAUGUGCCUGCAGUGGUCCAAACAAAGGUGUCCCAGCACUUUAACCAGGGCUGGUGCCCCAGCAGGGGAGCAGAGAAGCAGCCACAGGCACGGAGUGAUUGGAUUUUCAGCCUUUGUUGUACACGCCUGGGAACUUCUUGUAAGGAAUUUCUCCAGCCAGUGCUAAAUGAAGCUGCUUCCAGGCUUCUCUGUUUCACUUGGAUGGUGAAUCAAACCCAGUGUGAGGGGCUGAAGAUGCUGUGCAGCACCUGUUCCAUUGCUGACCUGAUGGAGAGCCUGGAAUGAGCCAGCCUGACCAGCUGGAGAAGGAACCACAAACCCUUCUGAACAUCUGCACCAUCUACAGGCAGAGAAUGCAGAUUUGCUUUUGUGGCUUCAGGGCCCACCUGGCACUGAGUUGGUGUGCUGGGAUCUUGCUCCUGAAUGUUUCUGCAGGACAGGUGAAGGGAGGUGCAGUGCUGUCCCUGCUGUCUGAGCAGUCUGGGCCUGCUCUGCACCAUCUCAGUCACAGAAGGAACGUGGGGAAAGGAUGGAGUGUGGAGAUGUCCUGAAGUUCAGCAUCCAACUGCCCAACCUGGGAGAUGAGAGCAGGGCUCAAAGGUGCUGCCCUGCCUUAAGGACAAAGAUCAGCUGCUUCUCCCUGCCACUGCUGUACUUCUCCAUCCCAUAGCAGGGUGCAGGCAGCUGUGAUCCUGGGAAAGAAACUCUCCUCAGGCUAGGGAGGAGUGGUAGCUUGGCUGGACUUCAGGAUUUGCUUCUAUUGUGCUUUCUGAGUCACCUUUUAGUCCCUGGGACAGUCACCUGGAGGGCACAGGACAAAAGGAGCUGACCCAUGUGUCACACAGCAGGGAAACCAGCUCCCACACAAAGGUGGUUGUGACAGGAAGCCCUGGAAGAGGAAUGAGUACCUUGAGCCCAGGGAAUCCUGGAUGUGGGUCAGGCACAGCCAGUGGGUCAGACCCCAGCAGAGGGCUGGGAGCCCUGCUGAGCCCUGCUGUUGAUGGCUGUGUCCCUGGGCUUUGCUUUGCUGUGCCUGCUGCUGCAGCAGCUCUGUGCAGAGCUCUGGAAAGCUGCUCAGCUCAUGGAACAUGGAUUUGGGGCUGCUUCUCCAGGUCAUCCAAGACUUGAGUGGUUUUGUGAGCAUUUAAUACUGCUCAGCAGUCAGGUUCCUGGGAGUAGAGAAGGACUCAGGACAUGCACCAACAGAGCAGUUUGCUGACCUGCUUUGGUGCAUUUUCUGGGGAAUUACAGACUGAGCAGUGCUGGACUUGGCUGGUGAAGGUGUUCCCUGACCCUUGCAGGAUCACAUGCAGUGCCUGUGCUGCAGCACCAGAUGGUUUCAUCUCAGAACCAGGGAACACCAGGCUGGAAGAGACCAUGGCAAGUCUGGAGAGAAGCACUGUAACUCCAGCAUGCCUGUUCUGCUCUUCCCAAAGGAGCUGCUUCAUAAUGGUACACAACAGUGAGAGCUGCUCUCUGCUUCUCUUGGGUGAAAAUAUACAGGGAGGGAUCAUUUUGCUGCAAGCAAAUAGAUUUUUAGGGAGCUCUAAGGACAUCCCAAGAUCAGGCAGAAUCCAGUAUCAUGGAGUAAAUCAAUUCUGCAUCACUAUUGGAGCCAUUUCUCAGCAGGGAGGCUUCAGAGAUGUUAGAUUGGCCACCUGCUUGGAGAAGAAGGGAGAUGUGUGUUAAGUAGUUUAAGAGCAGAUCAGGUGGAGAAUGCUUUGGGAUAAUCCCAAAUGGCCAAGCAGCAGUUUGGGAAGCAGAACUCAGAUAUAUCCUUAAAUGUCUGCUUGGAGCAGCUGCUUCACCUUGUCUUUGCCAGGUCCUGUUUCCCUCCUUUUUCCUGCUGCUUCCAUUUCCCCGCCCAGCUGUCAGGAGGGGGCCAAGGCCCCAUCAGCCAGAGGUGAUGCAGCAGAGCCCUGUUGUGCCUGGUGGCUUCCCACAUGUUCCUGGAGUUCUUGUUUGCUGCUGCUUCCUCAUUAAUUGUGUGGCUUUGGAGCUCCAGGAUUGGUCUGUCAUUGAUUAGGGAUAAUAUUAGGAGGCUUUGCUGAAAAGGAUCAUGGAGUGCAAAUGAUGCAUUGCCAGCUCCAGGUGAGGGCAAAAGUCUAAACCAGUCCCUACACACACUGGAUGUGCUGGAAGGAUGAGCUGACACUUCUCCUUUGCCAGGAAGCCCAAAUUCUCCCUGCUUUUAACCCCCAUCUCUGAAAUUAUGCAAAUGACUGAACAUUCAGUCCUCCAGAUGGAAAUAAUUUGUGAUUACUGCCAGUUUGGGAGCUGGUGCUUUGCUGGGCUGGUGCAGCAAUGAUUUGGGGUUGUCCCAGCAGCAACACCCCCCUCUGUGUCAGGAUACAAAGAGCUGGGACAGAGAGAGAAAGGAGAUUUACUUCUGUGCACUCUCAGGGCAGUGUGGGAGUUGGGAACAGACCUAAGGAGUUUGAAUUGCAAAAUGAUUGUUUUACUCUCCAGCACCCCUUGCUUGAGUCAGAUAUGAGGGGGUUGAGCCCUUUCUCAUGCUCUCACUGGCCAGGCUUCAAAUUCCCAUUUUCUCCUUGGGAGAUGGCAGCAGGGCCUUACAGCUGAGGUGAAGUGCCCAGGAGCAAAUAGCCCCUCUCUGCAUCGUGUUGCUAAGGGUAAAACAAAUCCAAUAAAAAGCUCAGCUCUUUUUCUACUGUGAGUUCUUUGCCUCACUGUGAUUUUGGGAUUAAAUUGAGCACAAUGGUGGCAGAUACAAACUUCUGCAUUCAGGUGGGCUGAAAGUUUAUUUCCACUGGACUAAGACUAGAAAAACUGCUUUUGUAAAACAAAGUUGACAAAAGAACUUAAGCUUGCUCAGUGUGUCAUAUUCCCAGCAAGUUCCCUUUUUUUCUGCAGGAAUUUGUAGAAGGGAUUGGCAGAAGGUUCCAGCCACCUCUAAAGGGUGGGUGGUGAGAGCAGCCAGAUUUGAUCUCAAUAAAGAGUUGUGUCAGGUUAGGUCAAGAGCAGUACCUGCCUCAGGUGGGUGCUCAGCUCUCCCUCUCCAGGUGCUUUGGCUGUGAUCUGCCUGCAGCCCUCCACUUGCUGAUGUUGUGAAGUGUUUCCCACAGCUGAGUGGAAGCUUCCUGGAAGCAGGGAUUGCUCCUGUGCAUGGCUGAGUGCAGUGGUGUAGUGCUCCAGGGCACCACUCUAAGCUAAAUAACUGUGUAACUGUGUUUUUAGGGGGAAAAGUCCCACCAUGCACUGACUCCCUCUCCUAUUUCCUGUACUAACCCUCUGUAUCAGCUUUUUGUGGUGCUGUUGGAGUCUGUGUGGAAUUGUGCUGUCUGGAAAACCCAUUUAAUUGUUAAAUGGGGAGCAAACCUUCACUCCCAUGUACUUGUGUGCAAUAAUAAUUUAUUUCAAACUUCUGUCAG